GAAAGCAUUAGCUGUUGCAGAAUCAGCUGGUGAUCAGUCAACUAAAGCCAUGGCUUUAUUUACAGAUGAUAUGAAUCCUCUUGAUGAUAUUUUGUCCGUCCAAUCUCAAAAUAUUAAGCUACAAAAUGACAUCAAUAACUUAGAGUCACGUUUAAUAGUUUCGAGCAAUGAGAUUAACAGGUUACAGUUGGAGUUGGAACAGGCCCAUCAACGAUGUAGUGCUUUUGAACACCAAGUAAGUGAAGCUGAGAAAGCCUUUUUUGAACUUCAAGAGUCAAGCAAGAAAGCAGCUCUUCAACAAGAGGAGGAAGUCAAAUCAUUUUUGGAAAAGAUUAAGAAGGAUGAAGUGCAAAAAGAGAGGGCAGCUUCGAAGGCUCUUAAGGUUGAGUUGGACGCUAUCAAGGCUGCUAUUGAAGCAGCUAAAGAAACUGCACGUUUCCAAGAUGACGCCUACAUGAAGAGAUGUGAAGCGUUAGAGAGAUCUCUAAGAGCAUCUGAAGCUGCUUCAAAGACGUGGAGACAAAGAGCAGAAAUAGCAGAGGCCUUGUUAAUGAACCAGAGAUCUCCCUGUGAGGAGAACGAAAGUGCAUUUUAUGUUGUCAAUGGUGGACGUUUGGAUUUCCUGAUGGAUGAGGAUUCACAAAAAUGGAAACUACUGACUGAUGGUCCUCGCAGAGACAUACCGGAUUGGAUGGCCGAAGUUUAUCCAAGUUUCCCAAGUUUCCACCUAGAAAGACUGAUGUCUCAGAAGCUGAGAUAUCCAAGUUUAUGUCUUUGGACUUGCCCAAGCUAG